AUGGGUGACUCCGAUUUCGACAUUGACUUUUACGGCGACGCCGAAGGCGAUGCCAACGACCAAGCCAACGACCAGCCUCGCCAGGAUGAGCGCCGCCAUAGCGGUGGCAACUCGCGAGAUGACUACGACUAUCACAGUCGGGACAACAGACAAAGGGACCACGAACACGAAGACGACCGCCGCUAUGAGAGCGGCCGCAGCGAAGAUAGAAAGUCGGAGGAGCACGAGCACAAUGAUCGGCCCGUCGACAACGGCGCCACAGCUGCCAUUAUGAUUUCCGAACUCAACUGGUGGACGACAGACGAUGACAUCCGAGGUUGGCUGCGAAAGGCCAAUUGCGAGAGGGAAGUCAAGGAGCUCACUUUCAGCGAGCACAAGGUCAAUGGAAAGAGCAAAGGCCAAGCCUAUGUCGAGUUCCAUACCCGUCAGGCUUCCACCGCUGCAAAGCGCUACAUCGACACUGUUGCCUCAGAGGGUGUGCAGCCCGGCCAGAAGAAGAUGACCAUUUCCUACUGGAAUCCUGGCGUCAACCCCUUUAGGACCCUGCCAAAGGACGCCCCGGCCCGCGUUAAGGAGCAGCCGCGAGCCGCUCCCUCUGGGUCCUACAGCGAUCGGGGCAACUACGGAGGCUUCCGCGGCCGAGGCGGCAUGGGCGGAAACCGAGGCGGCAUGAACCCCAACUUCAACCGGGGCUACGGCGCAAACAUGGGCUACAACAAUAACAACAUGGGAGGUGGCGGCGGCUUCAACGGGCCAAUGGGCAGACCCGGCGGCGGCGGCGGUACUCAUUACGUCUUCAGUGGCCAGAGCAGCCCCGGAGGGCCCAUGAGAGGCGUCCAGACCAUCAUCCGCGGCAGAGGCGGAGGCGGAGCCGGCGGCGGCAUGAUGGGCAUGAACCCCAUGGGAGGCAUGGGCAUGGGCAUGCCCGGCAACAUGGGAAUGGGAGGGAAUGAUGGGCUGGCUUCCAAGGCAUGCCUCCCAACUUUCCAGGCGGAUUCGGCUUCGGACAGCAAGGCGGCGGCGGAGGUAAUAGUGGUGGUGACUGGGGCAACCCUCACGGCGCAAAGCGACCUCGUCCCGAGUAACUGA